UCUUCCUCGGGAUAUAACGCAGUGCCGGAUUACUCCAUUGCACGGGUUGGAAAGUUUAUUCGACUAUUCCUGGCUUUAAGUCUUGCCGGCGGCAUAGCAACAAUCAUGGUUGCACAAAUUGACACUACUGUAGUUGCAGUCGGCCCUGUCCUCGCCACACAGACCCUGCCACCCGCCCAUGGCUUCCUGAUCGACACCCCAGCAUGUCGCAUACCCAACCUAGAUCCUUUCGACAGCUCUAUUUCACAAUUUAUACGACAUCAAGGGAAGAUUCUGUGUUCUGGGAAGCCGUCAAUAACAUACGAAGAUGGCAAUGUACUACGAAUCAAUUGGACAACAGUGAAGGAUUUCUAUGAAGGUGAUUUUAAGCACUGUAAAUAUCAACCAAUCAUGCGAAACCAGUCCGAUUUCAAGUUCUUUUAUGACAAGUUUCGAGAUACCUUUAACCAAGAUGUUGAGAUUUCAGAGGAGUUUGUAAGAAUCUAUUGUAUAAGCAAUUCUGAGAGUACGAUUAACACCAAUUUCCAUUCGCUGAUUAUUCCCAAAGAGGCUGUGGAUGAAAGAUGUGAGAAAAAUAUUAAACAUCAUGUAACGAUAAACAAGCCAAAGGAAAUAAUGAAUGUUGUGAUGAUUGGAGUUGACUCUAUGUCCAGGUUAAAUUUUAUGCGACAGAUGCCAUUGUCGAGAACAUACCUUCUUGAGGAUUUAGAAGCUAUAGAAAUGUUGGGAUACACUAAAGUAGCUGAUAACACAUUUUUGAACAUUGUACCAUUGACAACGGGCAAAUUUGUUGCCGAACUUCCUUGGAAUAGAACUAUGUCAAGAAAACCGUUUGAUGGCUAUAAUUUUAUAUGGAAGAAUUUUUCGAAUUGUGGGUAUAGAACUCUGUAUGCAGAAGAUGCUCCUGAUAUGAAUGCAUUUACACUUUUAAAGGAGGGUUUCCACUUUCCCCCGGCAGACUAUUACAACAGGGCGUUUAGUUUUGCCAUGGAGAGAGAUGGAUCUGUGUGGAACAAUGAUCAUAAAUGUGUUGGCGACAGGUUGGAGGCGGAAAUAGUUUUGAAAUAUACCGAGGAUUUCUCGAUACUUUUCCGAGACAAGCCUCACUUUGGAUUCUCAUUUCUAACGAGGCUCAGUCACGACGAUGUUAACGUCGCAGGUGCAGCCGAUGAUCCUCACUUUCGGUUUCUUCAGCGAAUACACAAGUCAGGCCUUCUAGAAAAGACAAUUUUGAUUUAUUUUAGUGACCAUGGGAACCGCAUCGGCCACAUUCGGAACACAUUUGUUGGAAGACUUGAAGAGCGUUUGCCUAUCAUGUUUUUUGUACUUCCUCAAUGGUUCAAGAAAAAGUAUCCAAACGUAAUUGAAAAUAUGAAAACGAAUUCUCGCAGACUGACGACUCCGUUUGACGUGUAUGAAACUCUGAAGGACAUAUUGUAUUUCGAUGGGACCCUUAAACAAGCAAGUGUGACGGAUCGUGGUAUUAGCCUGUUCAGUGAAGUACCACGUGACAGGUCAUGUGACACUGCUGCUAUCUUGCCUCAUUGGUGCACCUGUUUAGAAAGGGAAUAUGUCCCUGUAACGUCAGUUAACGUAACCAACGCAGCUAAAAGUAUCCUAAAUCAUAUCAAUGAAGAGCUUUUUGAUUAUGGUCAUCUUUGUGAAGUUUUGAAAGUCCAAGAAAUCAAAGAAGCAGUUUUGAUGACCUCAAACAAGGGGGUCCUUCAACAUUUAAAAAAUACCAGAAUUAAGGCAGUUCUGACAUUUCAGUUGACGUUCGUGACAUCCCCAGGGGGAGGGUUGUUUGAGGGGACAGUCAACCUGGACGAAACAACUGGAAGAUAUUCCACAGCAGGUGACAUCAGCCGAAUCAACAGAUAUGGAGACCAGUCAAAAUGUAUCGAUAAUUUUCAUUUACAAAAAUAUUGUUACUGUAAGACUGCAUCAAGACAAUGAUUGAUAUAUUCAUUAUUUAGUAUGCAGCCAGUUGUAAAGUGUUUCCGAAUCAAUAAUAUAGCAUGGCUAAAGAGAGUGAGUGUUGUUUUGCACCACAGCCACACGUGUUUAAGCUCCAUCACGGAGUCAUUUAUGUAUUAAAUCCUAGAUCCGACAAUCCAUAGGUAUGUAGUUUUGUUGUAGAGAGAAUUGCCGUUUGCAGUUUGAUAGACUUGUUUUUGAUAAUGGUGAGGUCCUAUCAUUUGAUCUUGAAAACAACUGUGUAGUUGACCUCAAGAUCUCUUUCCCCGUGUCAGUGGGCAUCUCAUCUCAAGUUACUUGAAAGAAAUUGGUCUGCAUAAUAAAUUUUUAAUAUGGAUGUGAAUAAUUUAUCACUUGUUUUUAAAUUUGGUGUGAUGCUUUUACAAGCUGACAUUAUUGAAGGCUCUGUCCAGGAGUUAAAAGUACCGUCAAUAAUCAAUAUCAAUAAUGACGACUAAUAUGAGUAUUAGCAUUGAAACAUGUAUCGCCUCUUUUAACAAUAUUCCCACCAUAACAUUGUACCCAUAUGUGGAAUAGACGGUUUUCGGCCUGUUGAAGCAAUGCACAUAGCUUGGCCCUCCCACUGCCCCUUUUUAAAAAUGAGAAAGUGAUUAAAGCGUCUGACUUGUAAAUGAAACUGUUAAUUUGCCAAAAGAGUUUAACUCAAGUGAACUGUUCAACAACAUAUCUGAUGUUUUACACAACAAACUGGGAGUCACCCAGAGAAAGUUUGUCCGACGUGCCAAAGGCUUCUAUCAUUGGUACAUGUAGUUUGGCGGUAUAAGUUGUAACAUGGAGUCGAUAUAUGUUUAUAUGUUCUCUCACUAAAGUACGUUCAAUAUAUCUAUUUAGAUAGUCACAGCUGCCUAUACUUAAAGUCUGACAAAGGCCUGUAGGCCACGGGACAUUUUGACAGCAGAGAGAGAGGUUGGCCGACCUAGAUCUCGGAGGUGCCAGCUGGAGACGAUAUGCACGAUUAUGAUAUGGCUGCAUAAAAUCAGUGAAUAAAGUUUGUU